UUUCCUCUGGAACGUUGGAGGCGGGCGGUACUAACAAUUCACUUCGUUUGAGUGAGAAUUAGAAUUCGUCUAUUAAACAAAAGUAGGCCGCUGAUCGUGGGAGAUCAAAAACCGCGUCCAUGGCUGGCUGUACGCCUGCACACCUGCCCAUAAGCCAUCACACUGGCUCGGCAGCAAUUGUUAAGCUGCACCUGCUGCUGCUGCUGCUACUACUCAGUUAUUUGCUCAGCGCCUGCGUGGUCACACCGUUCACCAUCACCGGCCGAUAUUGCAAACAAAAUAUCAGCAGCAAAUACCAAGUGGCAGUGAGGCACUCCACUCAAUCAAUACGGCGCGCAGCUGCUGCCAGCGAGCGCACCUCAGCAGAUCACAACACCGCAGCCAAUAACAUCGUCACUUCCACUACCAACGGUAGCUAUGUCACCUAUGAGCCGCGCGUGCGUUGGGAAGCCACCAAUAUCUGCUGCCCUGGCUAUCGUACGCUGCUUUUCGGUUUCUGUGAGCCCAUCUGUGAGCAGGUUUGUCCGCGCUUCAGCUACUGCGCCACGCCAAAUCAGUGCGAAUGCUUAUCGGGCUAUGAGGAGCAUCAUCCGAAUAACAAGGAGCAGCAAUUGCUCGACUGCCGGCCCAUUUGUGUUGGUGGUUGUCCACGACAUAGCCACUGUGUGGCACGAAACCGGUGUGUGUGUAGUGAAGGCUUUAGGAAUGCCAACACUUGGUGGUUUAUGCCGUUGAAGUGCGAGCGUAUAAGAUGUUCAGCGUUGGAUCAACGUUAUGAUGUGGCGCAGCGCGCUUGUGUUAAGAUCGAGAUGAGUAUGGAGGAUUUGAUGCGAAAGGUGGCUGAACGCCUAACAAAGGGAUUGAAUGACUUAGCGGGGGAGUAUGAUGAUGAGGAAGGUGAGGACGAGGGCGAGAAUGGGGGAGCCAAAGCGGACGACCAUAAGGAGGAGGAGCAGAAUGAUGUGCUGAAAGAGGCGUUGUUGGAUUCGAAAAACAAGGCGAAUGUGAAAGAGAAUAAUAUCGUGUAGAUAUGUUCAUAUGUAAUAAAAAAUUUAGAUAUUAAAAAAAGUUAGCGCUGCUGCCGAAUUGGUGUUUUAGACAGUU